CUCAGGGAGUAAGGAUGCCUGCUUCACCAACGGGGUUUGGAAACUUCUUCAUGGACAGAAACAUCAACAUGCCCGCUGGAUAUCAAUUAUUGGGCUGUCCGCCAGGAAUGCAACAGCCACCGCCACAUCUUGUGGGAAUGGCUGGGGUUCCCUUACCUUUCUCAGGAAUACCGGGAUACAGUUUCAUCCCCUAUCCUCAUCCGGGACACAUGGCACACAUUAGCAAUUCCUAUGACCUCAAGGCUGCAUCUCCGUAUCACCAAGCUCUCCUCGGACGUGGGGGACCCUAUUACACUCCGUAUCGUCCCAUGCCAGCUGAUGACCCGAGUAGGGUCACUAAAGUGGCCACAAGGGAGAGCACCAGCGCUUUGAAGGCCUGGCUCAGCGAGCACCUGAAAAACCCAUAUCCCACUAAAGGCGAGAAGAUCAUGCUCGCCAUCGUCACCAAGAUGAGCCUCACGCAGGUGUCGACGUGGUUCGCCAACGCCCGGCGCCGCCUGAAGAAGGAGAACCGGGUCAGCUGGGCCUCCAAAGGAAAAUCCGACGAUGAGGAAGAUGAAGAGGAGGGUGAGAGCGAAGAGGAUGGAUCUUUGAGGAAAGGCAUGGAGGAUGAAGAUGAAAUCGAUCCUCAAACAGUUGAUGAUGAGGAGGAGGAGGAUGUCGCGCUGUCAAAGUCGGUUGAGGACCGUUUAGCGGAAGGACUGGAUCAGCAAAAGGAAGGUGACAAGUCUGACACGUCCUGUGAGACCAAAAAAGAGGUGUGUAAACAAAACGUCGAAGUCCAGAAACCUAAAAUCUGGUCUCUCGCGGAAACCGCGACUUCAGAUAUCGUCAAGAAACCCAGCGAUCUGAAACAUCUAUACAGUCCAGAGUUUGGAAAGUGGUGGGCUGGAUGGCCUUCAAGGGACUCCUACUCUCCUGUAAACCUCUCCACACAUGACCUUCUCAAACAGAGUCAAUGA